CAAGGGAGCACAAUGAGCAGCGGCGAUGACUGCACUGGAACAGACCGACCCACGUGCCCGUCGGCCGGGCCUGUGCCUGUGGGCUGGGAGCGCAAGGUGGAGGAGGGCUCCGUGUGCUACAUCAGCCCCAGUGGCACCGCGCUGACCUCGCUGGAACAGACUUGUGCCUACCUCCUGGCCGACGGGACCUGCAAAUGUGGCCUCGAGUGUCCACUCAACAUGCAUAAGGUGUUUAACUUCGACCCAGGGGCGGCGGUGGCUGGGCGAGGGGUCCCUGGGGUCCAGGGCCAGCAGGACAUGACCAAACUCUGCAAUCACCGCCGGAAAACAGCGGCCAUGGCCACACUGUAUCGCAGCAUGGAGGGCGCCCCGGGCCCCUGCCACCCAGCCACAGGUCCCAGCCUGAGCCCAUUGUUCUCAGCAGAGGGACACCUGGCAAUGGCCCCCAGCACCGGCGUCCCCCUGCCCAGCACUGUCUGCAGCUUCCCCAGGGUGCCCCUGAGGGCGAAGAUCCUGGAGGCCACAUCAGACCCCACGGGGACCUGGCACGUCGCCCCGCCCUUUCUGCAGCCCCACGACGUCAUCUCUGGGGCCAAUGGCAGCCCCAAGAGCUGCCCACCUGCCAGCCCCUGCUUUGGCUUCUGCUUGCCCCCGCCAGAAGUGGUGACCCCCUCCAGAUCCCCUGUGGUGCCCCUCGCCAGGGGCACCCUGAGCCAGCACCCCACAGGCAGGACUAGCAGCCGGGCAGCCCUGUCGCAUGGGGGGCCUGGAGAAAGCCCAGAGCCAGGGGGGCCGGGGUCAUGCCUGCUGGCCACCACCAGUGCUCCCCGGGCAGGCAAGAUCGAUUCUCUUGUCAGUGAUGCCUUAACUAGCCAAAGCAGCAAUAACCCGCCAGUGCCCUUAGAUGCUGUCCCUGAGGGCAGGGGCUUUUUGGGGCUGCUGUCAGCAAGCACCCCCUUCCCUGCCAGCAGCCUGCUGAGCUUGGCUGCCAAGGCCCAGCUGGGCAGCCCCAAUCCCACCCCCACCCCUAGCACUUUACCCCUCUGCCCACGCUCCCCUGGCACACUGCUCUCUCUUGUGGGUGCUGCAGCUUCUCCAGGUGUCCCCAAAGGUGCUGUGGCCCCAGGGGCUAGCAGUAAUGGGGAGGGGGGUGCUGGGGGGGCGCUGGGCUGCCCACUGCCCCCUGCAACCAAGCCUGUAGCCUUUGUGGGGCAGGAGCAGGCACUGGCACUGGGGGGCUCCCUGUCACCAGGCUUCCUCCUGGGCACGCUGCCCUUCUCAGUAGCCCUGGGCCAGCACCCACCAGCCUAUGGGGGGGACCCCGAGGGGCCCAGCCUGCCCUCCCUGCUGGCGGCCUCCCUGCUCCCACUGCCUACCCUGGACCUGCUGCCCUCGCCAGGAACCCUGCUCUCCACCCUGCUGCCCUUGCCCCCCGGGCCAGGGGAGAGGGCCCCUGAGGCACCAGCGCCCGGCUCUGAGGGCUGCACAGCGCUGCCCGACUGGCCCCUGCUCUUCUCCACGCUGCCCGCCUCGCUCGCCCUCCACCCCACGCUGCUGGCCACUGGGCUGGGCCCCCUGGAGCCUGCCCCUGCUGCCCCCUCGAUGUGUCGUGUCGGGUGUGUAUUUAACCCUGGGGAAGAGGAAGGAGUGUAUUUGUCUGCAGUGCAGUAG